UCCCAGGGCAAUAUGCUAACCAAAAUCCUGCUGUCCGCCAGCAGCCUCCUGCUCGCUCAUGUGCGGCAUUUCCUCUGCUCUUUGAUGCAAUUCAUUCCAGGAUUGAAGCACUACCUGCCCAGCCCACCCAGAGAGCAAAUCCCCUGCCACUGCCCCAAGGGCUUGCAGUGCAUCUCACCCUUAGUGCAGACUGUGGAGGAGACCCCUCAGCCCAUCCCAGCCAAGGUCAAAGGACACAUUCCCAACUGGAUUCAUGGCAACCUCCUGAGGAAUGGCCCUGGGAAGUUCGAGUUUGGCAACGACAACUACAACCACUGGUUUGAUGGCAUGGCCCUGUUGCAUCAGUUCCAGCUGGAGAAGGGCACGGUGACCUACCGGAGCAGGUUCCUGCAGAGCAGUUCCUACCUGACCAACAGCCACCACAACCGCAUUGUGGUCUCGGAAUUUGGGACCUUGGCCAUGCCAGACCCAUGCAAGAGUGUCUUUGAGCGCUUCAUGGCACGCUUCGAGAUGCCACAACCAAGUGACAAUGCCAGUGUGAACUACGUCCUGUACAAAGGGGAUUACUACGUCAGCAACGAGAACGUCUUCAUGUACAGGGUGGACCCAGAAACGCUGGAGACCAAGGAAAAGGUAGACUGGAGCAAAUUCAUUGCAGUGAAUGGAGCCACUGCUCAUCCUCAUUAUGAGCCUGAUGGGACAACAUACAACAUGGGAAAUUCCUAUGGGAAGCAUGGCUCCAGCUAUAACAUCAUCCAGGUGCCUCCACAGAAGUCAGGCUGUGGUGCUGUGUUAGAGGGAGCCAAAGUGCUGUGCUCCAUCACUCCCAGGGACAAGGCAAAACCAUCCUACUACCACAGCUUUGGAAUGACAGAAAACUACAUCAUUUUCAUCGAGCAGCCCAUCAAGCUCAACCUGCUGCAGAUUAUCACUUCCAAGCUCCGUGGGAAAGCCAUUUUGGAUGGGAUCAGCUGGGAGCCUCAGUACAACACCUACUUCCACGUGGUGGACAAGCACACUGGGGAGGUGCUGCCAGGGCAGUGGUACACGAAGCCCUUUGUCACCUUCCACCAAAUCAAUGCCUUUGAGGACAGUGGCUGUGUGGUCCUGGACCUGUGCUGCCAGGACGAUGGCACCAGCCUGGCCAUGUACAAACUGCAGAAUCUGAGGAGGAGUGGGGAAGGUCUGGACAAGGUUUAUGCCUCAGUCCCCAGAGCUUUCCCUCGACGCUUUGUUCUCCCUCUGAACGUGGAUUCAGAGACUCCUGUGGGGGAAAACCUGAACCCACUGCCUUACACCUCGGCACAGGCUGUGAAGGAGGCAGAUGGCAAGGUGUGGUGCACACAUGAAAAUCUCCACCCUGAGGGCUUUGAGAAGGUUGGGGGACUGGAGUUCCCCCAGAUCAACUACUCUCGGUACAACGGGAGGAGGUACCGGUACUUCUACGGAUGUGGCUUUGGGCAUUUGGUUGGAGAUUCCUUGAUCAAGGUGGAUGUGGAGACCAAGAAUUUCAAGAUUUGGCAGGAGGAUGGAUCCUACCCAUCAGAGCCUGUGUUUGUGCCAGUGCCUAAUGCCACGGCAGAGGACAGUGGAGUCAUCCUGUCUGUUGUGGUCUCCCCUGCUGAGAACCGAAGUGCUUUCCUGCUGGUGCUGGAUGCAGAGACCUUCAGGGAACUGGGGCGAGCAGAAGUCGCAGUGCGAAUGCCUUAUGGAUUCCAUGGCAUCUUCACUGCCCACUGA